GGAUAGUUGCCAAUUGACACAGGAGAUACGCAAAUAUAUGCAAAGAUAUGGGAAUCUAGGCAAAUCACGCCUUGCUGGGCGGUGGCUCCUCCCAGGAAAGCACUUCCGAAGGUCAGCAGAUCAACAGGGAUCCUUCCUUCUGGGAUGGCUUUGCCAUGACAUGCCCCGGCUUUCGGCGUCGGGUUCGAAUCUCCUCAAAGCACAGGCUCCUUUCCAGUCCAAGGCCAAAAUGUCAACAAAGAGACUUCCUGCUCGGAGGCUGGAAGGCACUGAUGCCAAUAUCUGGGUGAAGUUUGUGUCCCUGACGGCCGCUCACAAAGCCGUGAACUUAGGCCAAGGGUUCCCCAAUUUCCCGCCCCCGAAAUUCGUGAAAGAUGCCUUCGCGGAGGUCGUUUCCGGACAAGACCCCCUCAUCCACCAAUACACUAGAGCCUUCGGCCACCCGCGGCUGGUGUCCGUCUUGGCCGGCCUCUUUGGGAGACUCCUCGGCCGGGACCUCGACCCCAUGAAGAACGUCCUGGUGACCGUGGGCGCUUACCAGUCGCUCUUCUCCUGCUUCCAGGCCGUGGUGGACGAGGGAGACCAGGUUAUCAUCAUCGAGCCCUUCUUCGACUGCUAUGAGCCGAUGGUCAAAAUGGCCGGCGGGACGCCCGUCUUCGUCCCUCUCCGACUGAAAGCCGCAGAAAGCGGGAAGCUGAUCUCGAGCAAAGACUGGAAACUCGAUCCGGCCGAACUGGAGGCCAAAUUCACCCCGCGGACGAAAGCCAUCGUCCUCAAUUCUCCCAACAACCCCCUGGGCAAGGUUUUCAGUCGGGAAGAACUGCAGCUCAUUGCGGACCUGUGUGUGAAACACGACGUUUUGUGCUUCAGCGACGAGGUCUACGAAUGGCUGGUCUAUGACGGGAACCAACACGUCCGGAUCGCCAGUUUGCCGGGGAUGUGGGAGCGGACCUUGACCAUCGGGAGCGCGGGGAAGACCUUCAGCGCCACGGGAUGGAAGGUUGGCUGGACGCUGGGGCCGGACCACCUCUUGAGGCACCUUCGGACGGUCCAUCAGAACUCCCUCUACCACUGCCCGACGGCCGCUCAGGAGGCCGUGGCUCUUGGCUUGGAGAAAGAGCUGGAGUGUUUGGGGAAACCGGACAGCUAUUUUGUGCAAUUGCCUCGGGAUCUGCAGCAGAAGCGGGAUUUCCUGAUCCAGAACCUGAUUGCGGCCGGAAUGAAGCCCAUCGUCCCCGAAGGGACCUACUUCUUGAUGGCCGACCUCUCCGGAUUCAAAAUAGACUUGCCUGAGCAAGGGGAUGCCGAAGAACCCUAUGACUCCCGCUUCGUGGAAUGGAUGAUCAAGAACAAAGGUUUAGCGGCCAUCCCUGUCUCGGCGUUCUAUAGCGCAGAACAGAAGAAGAAUUUUGACCAUUUCAUCCGCUUCUGCUUUGCCAAGGAGGAUUCGACCCUCAAAGCCGCCAGUGCCAUCUUGCAGGAAUGGAGCCAACAGAAACCCAGUUUAUAAAAAGAGACAUUUGGAGCAGAAUUGGUAUCUAUGGAAUAAAGAUACGGGAAAGAGAACAAAUAAAUACUCGAGGCUGGGAUUGCUACACAAAUAAAGGGCUUGCCUUUGAA